CCUUCUUUGUUGCUGUCCUCACUGACAUCAACUCGGAGCGUCACUACUGUGCCUGCUUGACCUUCUGGGAGCCAGUGGAGCCCACACAGGCAGUGGUGUGUACCGAGGAUUCUGCGGAGAGGGAGGAAGAGGCAGAUGAGGGAGGCCGGGGGCAGCUCUCACCCACAGCACAGGCCCCACCUGCCCAGCUGUUUGCUCCGAAGACACUGGUGCUGGUGUCGCGACUGGACCACGCAGAGGUGUUCAGGCCUCGGGCUCAUCUACACCAUCCAUGUGGAGGGCCUGAAUGUGUGUCUGGAGAACGUGAUUGGCAACCUGUUGACCUGCACUGUCCCCCUGGCCGGGGGCUCGCAGCUGGACUCUGUUGAGGAAGGAGCGAGAACCAUCUCUUUGGGGGCUGGUGACCGGCAGGUCAUCCAGACCCCACUGGUUGACUCGCUGCCUGUCAGCCGCUGCAGUGUGGCCCUGCUGUUCCGCCAGCUGGGCAUUACAAAUGUGCUGUCUCUGUUCUGUGCCGCCCUCACGGAGCACAAGGUCCUCUUCCUGUCCCGGAGCUACCAGCGGCUCGCAGACGCCUGCCGGGGCCUCCUGGCACUCUUGUUCCCUCUCAGAUACAGCUUCACCUACGUGCCCAUCCUGCCGGCGCAGCUGCUGGAGGUCCUCAGCACACCCACACCCUUCAUCAUUGGUGUCAAUGCGGCCUUCCAGGCAGAGACCCAGGAGCUGCUAGAUGUGAUUAUUGCUGAUCUCGAUGGAGGGACGGUGACGGUCCCUGAGUGUGUGCACAUUCCACCCCUGCCAGAGCCACUGCAGAGCCAGACGCACAGCGUUCUGAGCAUGGUCCUGGAUCCAGAGCUGGAGAUGGCUGACCUCGCCUUCCCCCCACCCACGACAUCCAUCUCCUCCCUGAAGAUGCAGGACAAGGAACUGCGGGCUGUCUUCCUGCGGCUCUUUGCGCAGCUCUUGCAGGGCUAUCGCUGGUGUCUGAACAUCGUGCGCAUCCACCCAGAGCCUGUCAUCCGCUUUCAUAAGGCAGCCUUCCUGGGCCAGCGUGGGCUGGUGGAGGAUGAUUUCUUGAUGAAGGUGCUGGAGGGCAUGGCCUUUGCAGGCUUUGUGUCAGAGCGUGGGGUCCCCUACCGUCCCACGGACCUCUUUGAUGAGCUGGUGGCCCAUGAGGUGGCACGGAUGCGGGCAGAUGAGAACCACCCCCAGCGUGUCCUGCGUCAUGUCCAGGAACUGGCAGAGCAGCUCUAUAAGAAUGAGAACCCAUACCCAGCUGUAGCGAUGCACAAGGUGCAGAAGCCAGGCGAGGCCAGUCACCUGCGGCGGGUGUCCCGGCCCUUCCCCCGGCUCGAUGAGGGCACUGUGCAAUGGAUUGUGGACCAGGCUGCAGCCAAGACGCAGGGUGCACCCCCGGCCGUGAAGGCUGAGAGGAGGACCACUGUGCCCGCAGGGCCCCCUAUGACUGCCAUCCUGGAGCGGGGCAGUGGGCUGCACGCCAACAGCGCCCGCAGGCUGGAGGUUGUGCGCAACUGCAUCUCCUAUGUAUUCGAGGGGAAGAUGCUUGAGGCCAAGAAGUUGCUCCCGGCUGUGCUGAGGGCUCUGAAGGGACGGGCUGCCCGCCGCUGCCUCACCCAGGAGCUGCACCUGCAUGUGCAGCAGAACCGGGCAGUCCUGGACCACCAGCAGUUCGACUUCAUCAUCCGCAUGAUGAACUGCUGCCUGCAGGACUGCACCUCUCUGGAUGAGCAUGGCAUUGCAGCCGCUCUGCUGCCCCUGGUCACAGCCUUCUGCCGGAAGCUGAGCCCAGGGGUGACGCAGUUUGCAUACAGCUGCGUGCAGGAGCACGUAGUGUGGAGCACGCCACAGUUCUGGGAGGCCAUGUUCUACGGGGACGUGCAGACCCACAUCCGGGCCCUCUACCUGGAACCUACUGAGGACCGAGCCCCCUCCCAGGAAGUUGGGGAGACACUUUCCCAGGAGGACGAGCGCUCUGCUCUGGACGUGGCUUCAGAGCAGCGGCGCCUGUGGCCAACCCUGAGCCGCGAGAAGCAGCAAGAGCUGGUGCAGAAGGAGGAGAGCACAGUGUUCAGCCAGGCUAUUCAUUACGCCAACCGCAUGAGCUACCUCCUGCUGCCCCUGGACAGCAGCAAGAGCCGCCUGCUGCGGGAGCGGGCGGGGCUAGGUGACCUGGAGAGUGCCAGCAACAGCCUGGUCACCAACAGCAUGGCAGGUAGCAUGGCUGAGAGCUAUGAUACGGAAAGUGGCUUCGAGGAUGCAGAGACCUGCGACGUGGCUGGGGCUGUGGUCCGCUUCAUCAACCGCUUUGUGGACAAGGUCUGCACAGAGAGUGGGGUCACCAGCGACCAUCUCAAGGGGCUGCAUGUCAUGGUGCCAGACAUUGUCCAGAUGCACAUUGAGACCCUGGAGGCUGUGCACCGAGAGAGCAAGAGGCUGCCGCCCAUCCAGAAGCCCAAACUGCUGCGGCCACGCCUGCUGCCUGGCGAGGAGUGUGUGAUGGAUGGCCUGCGUGUCUACCUACUGCCUGACGGGCGUGAGGAGGGUGCAGGGGGGACUGUGGGAGGCCCUGCACUGCUGCCAGCUGAGGGUGCUGUCUUCCUCACCACCUACCGGGUCAUCUUCACGGGGAUGCCCACCGACCCUCUGGUGGGGGAACAGGUGGUGGCCCGCUCCUUCCCGGUGGCCGCGCUGACCAAGGAGAAGCGCAUCAGUGUCCAGAGCCCUGUGGACCAGCUCCUGCAGGACGGGCUGCAGCUGCGCUCCUGCACAUUCCAGCUGCUGAAAAUGGCCUUUGACGAGGAAGUGGGGUCCGACAGUGCCGAGCUCUUCCGUAAGCAGCUGCACAAGCUGCGGUACCCACCAGAUGUCAGGGGUACCUUUGCGUUCACCUUGGGGUCUGCCCACAUAUCUGGCCAGCAGCCCCGGGCCACCAAGGACAAAGGUUCUUCUCUCAGAACCCUGUCCCGGAACCUGGUGAAGAACGCCAAGAAGACCAUCGGGCGUCAGUACAUCACUCGGAAGAAGUACAACCCCCCCAGCUGGGAGCAUCGGGGCCAGCCGCCCACUGAGGACCAGGAGGAUGAGAUCUCAGUGUCGGAGGAGCUGGAGCCCAGCACGCUGACCCCAUCCUCAGCCCUGAAGCCCUCGGACCGCAUGACCAUGAGCAGUCUGGUGGAGAGGGCGUGUUGCCGUGACUACCAGCGGCUUGGCCUGGGCACCCUGAGCAGCAGCCUGAGCCGGGCCAAGUCUGAGCCCUUUCGUAUCUCCCCAGUGAACCGCAUGUAUGCCAUCUGCCGCAGGUAUCGGGAGUGGCACCUGCAGGCGGCACCCCAGGCUGGGCACACGCUGGGCCUGGGGCCAGGCCUGAGCUUUCUCUCUGCUGUGCCCCCAGUGCCCAGCCCCAGAGCCAGGGUCACCACGCUGUCCAACCCCAUGGCGGCCUCGGCCUCCAGACGGACCGUGCCCCGAGGAAAGUGGGGCAGUGUCCGGGCCAGUGGGCGCAGCAGUGGGCUCGGUGCCGAUGUGGGCUCCCGGCUGGCUGGCAGAGACAUGCUGGGCCCCCCCCAGGCCAACGGAGCCCCUCCUGACCAGGGCUUUCUGCGGCCUCAGCGUGCAGCCCUCUAUAUCAUUGGGGACAAAGCCCAGCUCAAGGGUGUGCGGCCAGACCCGCUGCAGCAGUGGGAAUUGGUGCCCAUCGAGGUGUUCGAGGCGCGGCAGGUAAAGGCCAGCUUCAAGAAGCUGCUGAAGGCAUGUGUCCCGGGCUGCCCUGCCGCUGAGCCCAGCCCAGCCUCCUUCCUGCGCUUGCUGGAGGACUCGGAGUGGCUGAUCCAGAUCCACAAGCUCCUGCAGGUGUCGGUCCUGGUGGUGGAGCUCCUGGACUCGGGCUCCUCUGUCCUGGUGAGCCUGGAGGACGGUUGGGACAUCACCACUCAGGUGGUGUCCUUGGUUCAGCUGCUCUCGGACCCCUUCUACCGCACCCUGGAGGGCUUCCGUCUGCUAGUGGAAAAGGAGUGGCUGUCCUUCGGCCACCGCUUCAGCCACCGCGGGGCCCACACCCUGGCUGGACAGAGCAGUGGCUUCACACCUGUCUUCUUGCAGUUCCUGGACUGUGUACAUCAGGUCCACCUGCAGUUCCCCAUGGAGUUUGAGUUCAGCCAGUUCUACCUCAAGUUCCUUGGCUACCACCACGUGUCCCGCCGUUUCCGCACCUUCCUGCUCGACUCUGAUUACGAGCGCAUCGAGCUGGGGCUGCUGUACGACGAGAAGGGCGAACACAGGGCCCAGCUGCCCUGCAGGUCUGUGUGGGAGUAUGUGGACCGGCUGAGCAAGAGGACGCCUGUGUUCUACAACUACGUGUAUGCGCCUGAGGACACCGAGGUCCUGCGGCCCUACAGCAACGUAUCCAACCUGAAGGUGUGGGACUUCUACACCGAAGAGACGCUGGCUGAGGGCCCUCCCUACGACUGGGAACUGGCUCAGGGUCCCCCUGAGCCCCCAGAGGAGGAACGGCCUGAUGGAGGUGCUCCCCAGAGUAGGCGCCGCGUGGUGUGGCCCUGCUAUGACAGCCGUCCCCGAGCCCAGCCUGAUGCCAUCUCGCGCCUGCUGGAGGAGCUGCAGCGGCUGGAGACAGAGUUGGGCCGACCUCCUGAGCGCUGGAAGGACACUUGGGACCGGGUGAAGGCUGCACAGCGCCUCGAAAACCGGCCAGAUGGACGUGGCACCCCCAGCUCACUGCUAGUGUCCAGCGUGCCCCACCACCGCCGCUCGCUGGGCGUGUAUCUGCAGGAGGGACCCGUGGGCUCCACCCUGAGCCUCAGCCUGGACAGUGAUCAGAGCAGUGGCUCAACUGCAUCUGGCUCCCGCCAGGCUGCCCGCCGCAGCACCAGCACCCUGUACAGCCAGUUCCAGACAGCCGAGAGUGAGAAUAGGUCCUAUGAGGGCACCCUGUACAAGAAGGGAGCCUUCAUGAAGCCCUGGAAGGCCCGUUGGUUUGUGCUGGACAAGACCAAGCACCAGCUGCGCUACUAUGACCACCGAGUGGAUACAGAGUGCAAGGGUGUCAUCGACCUGGCAGAGGUGGAGGCUGUGGCACCUGGCACACCCACCAUGGGCGCCCCUAAGACCGUGGAUGAGAAGGCCUUCUUUGACGUGAAGACAACGCGUCGCGUUUACAACUUCUGUGCCCAGGAUGUGCCCUCGGCCCAGCAGUGGGUAGACCGGAUCCAGAGCUGCCUGUCGGAUGCCUGACCCUCCUUGGCCCUGCCCGGGCCGCUCUGCUUCCAGUCAUUACAGACCACUAGGGGUGGGCAGGGCCGCCCCGGCCAUGUUUACAGCCCCGGCCCUCGACAGUAUUGAGGCCCUGAGCCCCCAGCACUUGCGUGUACAGCCCCCGCCCCGCCCC